GCCAGGGGGCACCACGGAGCGCAAGAAACGAAGAUGGCGUCUGGUUCCUCGCGUGUGCUGCCGAAAGGUGUGCGAGAUUUUUUAAAGGGGCGACGGACGUUCUCCCGCCAGCACACAGGGUGCGCGGGCAGGCGCGCCCUGUGCACGUCCAGUGCGGUUCCCCCCAAGGACGAGAUCACCAAGAUCUCGCUGUCGGAGCCCCUCCCGGGCUUUCCCCAGCCCGUAUAUGCGGUGCCUUCCCCCCACGACCAGGCCACCGAGGUGACCACCCUUGAAAACGGGCUCAAGGUGGCCUCCCAGAACAAGUUUGGACAGUUCUGCACCGUGGGAGUGGUGAUCGAUUCUGGCUCGCGGUACGAGGCCCCCUACCCCAGCGGCAUCUCGCACUUCCUGGAAAAGCUCGCAUUUAACUCCACCAAAGAGUUUCGGGACCGGGAUGCCGUGCUGCAGGAACUGGAAAAACAGGGUGGCAUCUGCGACUGCCAGGGAUCCAGAGACACGAUGAUCUACGCCGCCUCGGCCGAUGCGAGGGGUCUUGGACCCGUGGUCAAGCUCCUGGGGGACGUCGUCCUCAGGCCCCUUUUCAAAGAAGAGGAGGUGGAGAGGACACGGCAGACGAUCCAGUUCGAACUGGAGGACAUCGAUAUGAAGCCAGAUCAGGAGCAGCUCCUCUUUGAAAUGAUCCAUGCCGCGGCAUACACGGACAACACCCUGGGGCUGCCCAAGCUGUGCCCCCGGGAAAACCUGGGAGUGGUGAACAGGGAGGUGCUGUACACCUUCCUGAGCCACCACUACGUGCCCCAGAGAAUGGUGGUGGCGGGGGUCGGGGUGGAGCACGGGCCCCUCGUCGAGAUGGUGCACAGGCACUUUGUGGAGAAGGCACCCCUCUGGAAGGAGAACCCUGAGCUCAUCCUCGACAACAAAAUGGGGCCUGACAACUCCAUAGCACAGUACACAGGAGGUAUUGUCAAGGUGCCCAAGGACCUGUCCAAGGUGAGCCCCGGCCAGACACCCAUCCCGGACCUGGCCCACUUUGUGCUGGGCCUGGAGAGCUGCUCCCACCAGGACCCGGACUUCAUUGCGUUCUGCGUGCUCAACAUGAUCAUGGGCGGAGGGGGCUCCUUCUCUGCGGGGGGCCCCGGCAAGGGCAUGUACACCCGCCUCUACACCAACGUCCUCAACCGGUAUCACUGGAUGUACAAUGCCACAGCAUACAACCAUGCUUACGGAGAUUCAGGCAUCUUCUGCAUCCAUGCCAGUGCCGACCCAUCGCAGCUGCGUGAGGUGGUGAACGUCAUUGUGAGAGAAUUCGCCAUCAUGGCAGGAAGAGUUGCUGAAAUGGAGCUGGAGCGUGCCAAGACCCAGCUGCAGUCGAUGCUGCUCAUGAACCUGGAGGCAAGGCCGGUCAUGUUCGAGGACAUUGGGCGUCAGGUCCUGGCCAGCGGGCACCGCAAGGACGCCAGCUACUACAUCUCGGAGAUUGGCAAGAUCAAGGAGGAGGACAUCCACCGAGUGGUGCAGCGGAUGCUCCGCGGCCGAGCCUCGGUGGCAGCGUUAGGCAACCUGUCCGGCCUGCCCCCCCUGGAGGACAUAGAGACGGGGCUGCUGAGUAAGGAGGGCAUGCUCCCCACCAAGCGCUUCUCCAUCUUCAGGCAGUGACGACGCCAGACCAUUCCCUUUUUGCACAAGCCUGGCGGUGACCCCAAAGAGCGCGUCGUCCUCUACCCUCUCCGGUGAUCCGGUGACCUCGACCGUAUGACGGAGGGGUGGAGUCUCGAGACCAUGUUGGCAGCCAUUGCACCGGAACCAGACGACCGAGCCUUAAGGUCGGGAUUAAAGAAUAAAGUUGAUAGUGAUGACUCGUGCUGAUAUAAGAUGUUCCCCCCCCCUUCUCCCCCCCCCCCCCCCCCCCCCCCCCCCCCGCCCCCUUGAUGGGGUUGGUGGAGUGAUGCGGGGAAUGAAGGGGCUAGUAAUUCGAGAGAUUUUAAAAUAAUAGUGUGUAUGUAAAAAUAUUUUCCAGCAUUUCUUUUGUCUUUUUUUCUUUUUGUUUUGGAGGAGCUAUGGAAUAAAGUCACUUAAUGGUUUUCUCUGA